CCGGGGCCCCAUGCAGGUUAAUCUGGCCAUGAAAAAGAGACAAACACAUGCUUUUAUUUCUCCUCAGCAGAAUUCAUAUAAACCUUUUAAGCUUAUUGUUCCAUUCACCAACAGUCAAAACUAGUACGUAACAACAGCAUAAAGAUAACUGAUGCAGUGUUUGUAUCUAAAAACAUAUGGUAUAGUUUAUGCUGGUAAAUAAAUGUUUUUGUGGCUUUUUUGAAGAAUGUUUCUUUCCCUUUGUCCAUUUCUGGAUUAGCUGCAGUUAAUGACUACUAAACUGUGGCUGCACAGUGAGUUUACUGAGGUCAAAUCAAAUGCAGGCAUCCAACAAACCCUGCAGAUUGAGGCUGGAGAUGAUGGAGAAGCUGCUGUGGUCUGUCACGCAGGGACUUUUCUUUUGAUCUUAGGAUGUUGCAAACUGCUCAUUACUGCAGUGGUGUUGAAUGCACACUUGCUCAAUGUUUUUUAAACUGUCCACUUAACUGAUUUGGCAGCAAAACAAAGAGGAUGAGUCACUGUUCUUGUCAAACCCUUCAGAGAAAGCUUCCUCAUCACUCUUCCCCAGUGUAGGUGACUGUGCUGCAAUAUCAGUACCUGCAGAAGCAUCAGCUGCUCGCUCUGUAGCCUAUUGCUGCUGCGCUGACUCAACUCAGCCUUCUUUAUCCAAAUGACGCUCAAUGCAUUUGUCGUCUCCCUGCAGGAAGGGAAAAAAAUAACAUAUAGGUCAUCCCCUGAGUGCAGGCUUCACUUCAUAGCCUAUAACGUCGGUUAUUUUAGAUGUCAUCCCUCCCAGUCUCCCUUGACAGGCAUGCGCCAUCUCCAUCCCGAUUGUUGGGUGAAAAAGUGGGCAGUUCAGGACUUCAUAUCUGGCUUCACUUUCUCUCAACCCCCUCCUUUUUCUCCCUCCCGAGCCUCGGAGUCGGUCGGACGGCAAGUCCCAGCUCCCACAUCAUCACAGCUACCUGCGCAGAGCAUCCACAGCCGCUCUCCCCUCCUGACGGGACAGUCGCACUGCAGCAAGCUGAGAGGAAGCUGACGGGAAAAUACUUUUUACAGCCAAGAAGUCCGUCCAUCCCGCAUCAGCUGAAAUGCUGCUGAGAAGAAUCCAACAUGUCCAAAUUCUUCCACUUCUCUGUGCAGUGUGCAGUGUCACUGUGGCCUUCCCCACCCAAGCACCAUCUGCAUAUGAUGAUGUCCGGUCACUCCAGGUGAACAUCCCCCACUCAGGUCCCAUUUUUGCCCCACUGGGCAGCUCCAUCUCCAUCCCCUGCUUGGUGUCUUUGUCCUCCACACCCACCACCGCCGCCUCCUCUUCUUUCCCCGUUGUACCACGGAUCAAGUGGACCGUGGUGUCCGGCGGGGUGGAGACACAGAUCUUGGUGGCACGGGGUCAAAGAGUGAAGGUCAAUGAGGCGUACAGAGACCGUGCCGCAUUGCUCAACUACACGUCCUCCACCGAUGACGCGUCACUGUGGUUGGGAGAUUUGCGCUCCAGUGACUCGGGUCACUACCGCUGCGAGGUGCAGCAGGGCCUGGAGGAUGCCAGUGACCUUGUACAACUGAAGGUCAAAGGUGUUGUAUUUCACUACAGAGAUGCCUUGGGCCGAUAUGCAUUUUCCUUCCAUGAGGCCCAGAGGGCUUGUGAGGCCAUUGGGGCAGAAAUCGCCACUGCUGAUCAGCUGCUGGCAGCUUAUUAUGAUGGAUAUGAACAGUGUGAUGCAGGCUGGCUGGCAGACCAGUCUGUCAGGUACCCAAUCCAAGUACCCCGCGAAGGUUGCUAUGGAGACAUGGAUGGACAACCAGGACUGAGAAACUAUGGGACAAUGGAUCCAGAUGAUCUUUUUGAUGUUUAUUGUUACGUGGAACAAAUUGACGGGGAGGUCUUCCACAACUCCGUCCCACAGCAGUUGUCAUUUAAUGAAGCACAGUCAUACUGCAGAGCUGCAGGGGCCGAGCUGGCCACAACAGCACAGCUGUACUUGGCAUGGAGUGAAGGUCUGGACCGCUGCAGCCCUGGAUGGCUGUCUGAUCGCAGUGUGCGCUACCCCAUCAUAACCCCCAGAGAGCGCUGUGGAGGGCCUCAGCCAGGUGUCAAAACCCUCUACCGCUUCAGCAACCAAACUGGUUUCCCUGAGCCGUCCAGCCUUCAUGAUGUUUAUUGUUUUAAAGAUAACAGAAUUGCUCCUACUCACUUACCUAUGGACUACAUGGCCACAGAGCCUGAGGAUGUUGGACAAGAUGUUGUUAUUCUUACGGAGACUGAUGAAGAGCUGCAACUGAACCAACAUGCAGAGCAAGUGGAGAGAGAGGCUCAGAGUGUCCUAGUGUCUUUUCCCUUUGUCUCUGGCACUUCCACUGAGGAAAACCUAGUUGACACACAUCCUACAGUUACAUCAGACACAACAGAGUCUCCCCUCAACACAACUUCAUUGGACCUUCUCCAGCCAUUUGACGAAACUUUAUCUCCUACAGAGAUGAGCUCUCACUCCCAGCAUUUGACAGAACUGAUGAACAAUACUAUUAGCAGCACAGAAACCUACUAUUUCCCACAGAAUGCAUCGUUAAUGCCUAAUUUUUACAAUGAGACAGAUUCCUACCAUAACUUGAACCUUACCUUUCAUCAGUUUGAACUUGAAAAUACCACAGGGUUUCCCGAACCAUCAUAUGAACCUCACACACAUAACUUGACAGUACCAGACUCAAACCCCGAAGAGCAUACACAACCUUCUGCAAGGCUAAUGGAUUCCCAAGAAAUACGAGAGACCUACUUUGAUUUAAAUAGAUCACAAGCAAAUUACAGUGAGAAAGACAGCAACCAUACUCAAGAGGCAACCCCAAUGACCCCUGACAACAUGAUCCAGGUGAAGCUGGAGGAGGAAGCAGUAGAAGGGCCUGGGCAGAUGUCCCUUUCAACUCAGUCGCCAAGAGAGGAAGGAGAGCUUCUUAUACAAGCUACCCAAGCUCCCAUCAAAAACCUGACCUCACUGUUGCUCCCUCUUGAUGGGUCUGGAGAUAUUUCUCAAGAGAGUGACCUGGAUGUCGAAGCAGUCAGUUUGAUCUCCACAACCGAUUCCUCCACUUCCGGCUUCACUGUUCACCUGUCACCUUCUGCCUUAGCUAGCACCACUCCCGCUGAGCUUCAGACUGGAUUCCCAGAUCCAACAUCCUCAUCUCAAAUUAUUGAAAAACUGGGCUUCGAUAUCCUGUCCACAGCAACACAACUGUGGGAGUCUCCCAUUUCUAGACAGGAGGGAAGCGCAAGCUUAGAAACUGAAGACACAGUCACCAUGGAAAGUGGGGAAAAACAGCUACACCCAACAAAGGCUGAAGACAACCUUGUUUCUGGAGUAAGUUCUGCUACCACUGAGUCUCCAGAGGGGUCGAGCACCUCUCAGUUGCCUACUGAUUCCACCACAGCAGGAUAUCGGACUUCGGGGUACAGAGUGUAUUUGGAUACUGCAACCACUGCUUAUGAAGAGGCAAGUGGACAGGAACCUAGUUCAGUUACUUCAAUUGUUGGAGAAGACAUUAAAGUUACUUCAACCCUUGAAGAGGAUGUUACAGUUAACAGUAUCCUUGUUGAGGAAAUUAAAGUUUCCCCAACCAUUGAAGAAGAGGCUGAGGUUUCCUUUUCACUGGAACAGGAAGUUAAAGCCCCCCCAACCCCUAAAGAGAACAUUACAGUUACCCCAACCCUUGAAGAUGAGGUUAAAGUUUCCUUUUCACUGGAACAGAAUGUUACAGUUGCCCCAACCCAUGAAGAAGAAACUUAUGUUGCCUCAACGCUUGAACAAGAACCUAGCAUUACCCCAACCCUUGAAGAAGUUACUAAUGUUUCUCCAACCUUUGAGGAAGAGGUAAGCCUCACCCCAUCCCUUGAGGAAGUGAAUAUUGUCCCAACCCUUGAAGAAACAACAGCUGCCCCAACCCUUGAAGAAGAAGCUUAUGUUUCCCCACCCUUAGAAGAAGAAGCUAAUUUUGCCUCAGCCUUAGAAGAGGAAGUUAACAUUUCCUCAACUGUAGAUGAAGAAACUACCAUUUCCCCAACCAUAGAAGCUAAUGUUGCCUCAGCCCUUGAAGAAGAAGCUAGCUUUGCCCCAACUGUUGAGGAGGACUUUACCAUCUUUCCUCUUGAUUCUCAAACAUCUAGCUGGGAUCCACUGACCACCACAAGUGGACCUCAAGAAUCUCUCAACGAUCUGGAGUACAGUGGAAAAACCUCCACAGCGGCUCUAGAUUCACCCUCAAGUACAAAACCCACCACUGCUACCGCAAAGACGACCACCGCCACCAUCACAACCACCACACAUUGGUCUAGACGUGCCUGGAGCCCAACCACUUCAAGACCAAGAGUUUUCCACAAGACGACAGAGCCCCAGAAGGUGACGCACCUCAUACCACCAGUGGAUCAGGGUCUGGUGGAUGUUGAGUUUAGUCUCACCCAGCCACCCACCCUGCUUAUCUUGCCCAAUGAGAGGGCUGCUGUAGGCGGUACAGGGAAGUCUUCAGAUGCCUGUGUGGACGACCCCUGUCUCAACGGAGGAACCUGUACAGAUCGAGAUGGGCAGAUUAAAUGUCUCUGUUUGCCAACAUAUGGAGGAGACUUCUGUCAGACCGAUCUGGAGCAUUGUGAGCCAGGCUGGGAUAAGUUUCAAGGUUUCUGUUACCGACACUUCAGCCAGCGCCUGAGCUGGGAGGUGGCUGAGCAGCACUGUCGCAUGCAGGGAGCUCACCUGGUGUCCAUCAUGACCCCUGAGGAGCAGAGUUACAUCAACAGCAACUACAAAGAAUACCAGUGGACAGGUCUGAAUGAUAAGACCAUCGAGGAUGAUUUCCGCUGGUCUGAUGGCAACCCGCUGCUAUAUGAGAACUGGUACAGAGGGCAGCCAGACAGCUAUUUUCUCUCUGGAGAAGACUGUGUGGUGAUGGUGUGGCACGAUGACGGACGCUGGAGUGACGUGCCCUGCAACUAUCACCUGGCCUACACCUGCAAGAAAGGCACCUCCUCGUGUGGUCCACCGCCAAAGGUCCGAAACACCUCCAUAUUUGGAAAACCUCGACAGAGAUAUGAAACCAAUGCGGUUAUACGUUACCACUGUGCAGAGGGUUUCCAGCAGAAACUAAAUCCUCUGAUCAGGUGUUUGUCUGGUGGCGUGUGGGAGAGGCCCCAAAUCCUGUGCAUCCCUGAGGUCGAAGGUCCAACCCAGCACCCUGAAGUGACAUCACCGACCAACAACAACUUUGCAGCUGCUGAAGAUGACUUUGAAGCCACCAAAAAGACACUACAGUACUGGGACAUCAAGUUUUAAAAAUCAGCCAUGCUUUCCUUGUCUCGUUUUCUUAAACUCUGCUGUUGUAACAUGACAAGGUGUAAAGAACCGACUGCUUUUACCAAUGAAUGCUCAAACAGGACAAAAUGAAGCGCAAACACAUAGAAACACAGGCCAAACUGAACUGAACUUCCUCUUUGCCAAGGAGCCUGAGUGCACAGAAAGGCUCUAAUUUCUUCUGAGGGAGACAGAGUUUACUCAAAAAACAUUCCUAGUUUUUGAUGUCCUUCAAUAUCAAUGUCAAUUUCUAAUGUAUUUGGUUAAGUAGAUUUUAAAGGGUCAAUGCAGUGACCGGCAGAGCUAAAAAAGAGGUUAAAGUGAUUCUCUAGAAAGAAAUACAAUAAAUGUGCAAAGUCAAAAUUACUAUACCAGCUCCAAAUCUACGUUAUUAACUGUUCUCUUUGUGGUUUUUGUUGUAUCAAAAACCUUUUUAUAAAAUGGUGCUAAUGUUUUAAAGACCUUUGUAUCCAACAGAGAUCUUUGUUUUCAGUGUGAUGUAGGAGUAGAGACUUGUUCCUGCUUUUUUCAAAGAAUCCUACGACUCCAAAGCACAACGUUCAACCUUAACAAACAGUCAAUAAAUACUGUACAUAUCCUACUUUUCACACCUGUGAUUGCUGUCCGCAUUUUUCUGGGUAGAAACCUUUGAUUUUCAGCAGACACAGUUUUGUUCGUCAGCUUUAUGUUGUAAUAAAGUUUUGUAGAACAGAGCAAAGAAUAAAUUGUUCUCUUAUUUUACCCUUA